AUGGAAGGAACUGAUAGUGAAAAGCAAGUGGAUGAACGUGAUUUAACAUUAUCGUUAAGAAAACUUGACUUGAUCAAAGAAUUACGAAACAAACAAGAUCAUUUUCAACGUAUUCAAUCUCAUUUGAGAGAUAAUGUGGAAAUAUUUUCACGUGAAUCACGAUUAUUAAGAGAUUUUCGCAAGGAACUGGAUUUAUUAAUGCAAGAACGAAUGUCACACAUUGAAGAACUUCGACUUAUACAUGCUGAUAUCAAUAUUAUGGAAACAACAAUAAAACAAGCCGAAGAAGAAAAACUACGUGCUAUUCAAGAUACAAGACGUUUAGCUAAGGAUUAUCAUCCGAUACGUGAACAAAUUCAAAAAUUACGUGAAACGUUAAGUUUAGAACGUUUACCUGAUAAUGAAGAUGAAGAAGCAACAAUAUUGACAAUGCAAUUAAUGCAGCAACAAGUUGAAGAACGUUCUGAUUUAACUGGAGAUUAUCAUGAACCGAUUGCUUCGGUGCCAUUCGUUAAUACAAAUAAUAAUCAUUCACAACAACAAUCACAACAAGCUGCAACAGUUGUAAAUCAAGGGGGAUCGUUGAAUGGUCAAAUAACUUUACAUCAGACUCAAACGAAAUUGACAACUGAUCGCACAUUUCGGCAGCAACCGCCACCAAUGAAGACAUGUACAACAUGUCAACAACAAAUCCAUCGUAAUGCACCUAUUUGUCCAAUAUGCAAGGCAAAAAGUCGUUCACGUAAUCCUAAAAAGCCAAAACGUAAACGUGAAGGUGAUGUUCCACAAUAA